CAUGGCUUCUCAUAGAGUCAACACAAGAGAUCUCUUGCAAAAGCACUGGAAUCAAUUAGCAGAGAAUCUGGACGCCGAAUCGACAGCAAACAAACUCUACGACGAGGAGGCAAUCACUAGGGAAGAAGUGAAGCGCAUCAGAGCGGCGAACAGUAAGCUCGAGCAGGCAAGAGAGCUACUGACGAUACUAGAGGACAAGAGCAUCGACGACUUUCUAGUUUUUGCGAAAAUUUUGACGAGACAGGAUGGCAGUUUGGUGAGCGUCGGAAAGAGCAUCUUGCAGGCUGCAAAUGAUUCUCAAACGAAUGAUGUUAACAGAAAAAUAUCAAUGGCUAGCAAAGAUGUUGCUUGUCAAACUGAAGCAAUAGACGCAGGAAGACGUGAACAUUUUCAAUCAGGAGAUUCUAGACCUGUUGUCACGGUUAUCUCAGUUGGUGUGGCUGGUCUCGUUGGUGCUAUCAUCAUACACUUGGUUAUGAGAAACGAUUACUUGCAGAAGUCUGUUUCUGCUCUUGAAAAAUCUGUUCUAGAAUAUGAACGAGUUAUUGCAAACUUGACAGAGUUGUCACGUGCGUCUUCAAGUUUGGAAGAAAGUCGCGACAGAUUGCUGGAGGAAAGGCUACAGUUGAUGUCUCUGAUAGACGGAAUGAAUAUCAAUCUUACUAAGCAAACAACAGCAAGCUCUCUGUUGGAACAAGAGAAACGAUCUCUGGAAGAAAAUCUCACUGAUGUAUCACAUGUUGUUCAAAGGCUGUCUGUCAAAUUGUCGAAAGUGGUUGCUGAGAAUAGAGACUUGAAACGUCGUCGAUUAUUUUCUAGGCAGUGUGUAGGAACCAGGACUGCUCGUCUCAAUCAGUGUGUGGAAAGUCUGAAAGAGGCUGCUUCCACUUCAGAAAAGGAGCAGGAGACAUUGUUAUCAGAGAAUACCAAGUUGAAAAAUGAAAUCGCUGCGAUGACAUUGAAGCUGUCCGAUGCUGUGCAGGCUCGUGACAAGUUGCUGGAUGAAACCAAACAGUUGAAGCAGAAGCUUGAAGAAACGCUGAAACGUUUGGAAACUGGAGAAGGACGUCGUUGUGGAGGAAAGCAUGGUCAUGGAAAACAUGGUCAUGGUCAUCAUCAUCACCAUCAUGGACAUCAUGGAAAACGCGGUAGAGGGAAAUGCGGGAGACGUUAGUCUAGCAAGAAUAGAAGGCCAGGGAUUUUUAUUUUAGUAUUUUUAACUUGGUAUGUAGGUAAAACCGUUCACAUUAUUAAUUAAGAUUUGUUGCUUCACUGUUGGUGGUUUUUUGAAUUUGAGUGGUCUUAGUUACCUUAUUGAUAUUGACUUAGUUAAUUAGCAAUAUUUCUAAGCUUUCUAACAAUAUUUUAAUCUUCAAUUAAGAAUAUUUGAAGCUUAAUUUAGUUUGAAGAAAUUAGAAAAAGUUUUUUGCUGAUGUUCGA